CCGCCCAGUCGGAGACAACAGAAAGCAUACUAGCGGUGAGAGGUGGGCGGCCUGUCUGCUAGGUGAACCUUUUUAUUUCCGACACCAAUCUUUCCACACUUCACACGCAGACACACACGGCUGGUGAAACGAUGGUGAAAAUCACCUUCCAGCCCGUCGCGGGACACAAAGGAGAUAAAGAAAAUGACGGCGAUAAGACCGAAAUCCUCAUUCCUCAUCCUGUGGAGGAAGAGGAGCUGGUCCUACCACUGCGGCCCACUAAGUCACCUCUCAACGGGCUCUGCUGCCUGACCUUUGGCCUGGUUGUCUUCAUGGCUGGUCUGGUCCUUGCCUCCAUCUAUAUGUACCGCUACUACUUCAUACCUCAUGCGCCAGAGGAGAACUUGUUCCAUUGCAAGGUGGUUUACGAGGACUCUGUGUACGCACCGCUGCGUGGGCGCCAAGAACUGGCAGAGAACGUGGGCAUCUACUUGGCAGACAACUAUGAAAAGAUCAGCGUGCCUGUACCUCACUUUGGAGGCAGCGAUCCUGCUGAUAUCAUCCAUGAUUUCCACAGAGGAUUGACGGCCUACCAUGACAUCGCUCUGGACAAAUGCUAUGUCAUUGAACUCAACACCACCAUCGUGAUGCCGCCACGCAACCUUUGGGAGCUGCUCAUUAAUGUCAAGAAAGGAACAUACUUGCCUCAGACUUACAUCAUCCACGAAGAGAUGGUCGUUACCGGUAAAGUCCACAACAUUCGUCAGCUGGGACCCUUCAUCUCCCGCCUUUGCAACGGGAAGGACACGUACCGCCUCAACCGCCGUGUCUCCCACCGACGCAUCAACAAGCGGGAGUCGAAGGACUGCCAUCGCAUUCGCCACUUCGAGAACACGUUCGUGGUGGAGACGGUUAUCUGCGAUGAAGCGUGAGCAGGGCAGGCCCCGGUCGGUCACCACGAGGCACAUCCCAGUCACCUCCCCGGGUACUGUAGCCUGCGGAUCUGAUCAUUAUCGCACUUUAAUCGCUCAUGUCACGUCCCGUCUCGCUUUCUUUCACUUCCUGUUUCCACUGGUAAAUAUUUGUUCCGACAUGUGAUGCAAUACCGAGCUGCUGGAAUUAUCCCAGGAUUUUCUAUGUAGCUUAAGGAGCUCUCCCCCCCUCGGAGAGAUCCAUGGCGGUUACUGUUGUUAGGGGAGAUGACUGUCUCCAUGUGUCGUCAAGGUGACCUUUCUUUCCUACUUGUUUGUGUGCUCUUUAGUAACACAGUCGGCUCAACCAAGCAUGAAAUGAUUCUUUUUCAAAGCGAACCUCUUGUUGCUUCUUUAGCUCGGUACUGUAAACAACGUAACUGCAGACCAUGAUUUAGAGGAAGAGGAGGUAGUCAUCAUCACCGGGGCAUUAAACCGCCUCCACUGUUGAAGAAGUCAAGAGCCAUAAGACAUGCUAAUGCUCAUCACCGAUGAUUUUGUAAUAUGGACAUGUCCGUCAUUGAAUAUAUUUAGUGUACCCGAUUCCCCUUGCAUGUGUUUCAGCUAUUUGAUAAACGUUAAAGCCUUAGUCCGAGAUCAGACGCUGGACUAAUGUUAUUACUGAUGCAACAGGCGGGAGAAUAUUAUUUGAUGUUAGCUUAACGCUUAAUUGUGUGUAUUGUCUGCUUAUGGAACCUUGUCUGUGAAAUAAAGGUUUAAAAUGUC